ACGAGAGAAGGGCCUGGUACACAGUGCGCCCAGCGGACUAUGCCUUCCCCUACUCGGGAGGAAAGCAAAGGGGAGACCGGACAGGCAGAGCACGGAGCGACGGACAGCGGCGACAGGGAGAGAGGGACAGGCAACCGCCUCGCAUGCGCUUUGGAGAUGGAGAUGACAACCCGCAGUCUGCACGGCGACUCCAAACUGGACAGUGUGAAUUGCGAUGGCUUGAUCAACCGAAACGGAGGAGACUCCGCAGAAGUGUCCGUGCCGCUGUCACUUCCCGGGAAGCGGACAGCUCACAUGGAGGGAGACGACCUCUACAGACUGCGAGACAGAAAGUUUUUAUUAGAGGAUAAAAAGCGACUUUGUGCAUUGGCUCUGGGGACUGCUCUACUCGGGAUACUUCUCACAAUAAUCCACGCCGAGAUAUGUCCCCUCGUUUAUACACCGGGCUCAAACAUUGCCUUAUUCAUCAACUGUUCCAUCAGCCUCUCCACUGGGUGUCUCCUCAUCCUAAUCAUAGCUUUCCAUUAUAAGGACAUCAGGCUGUUUGUCAUUGACCACAACCAGGUGGACUGGCGUAUUGCCAUGACCAGCCAGAGGGUGCUUGUGAUCACUCUGGAGUUGUUGGUCUGCGUCAUCCAUCCUGUUGGCACAUACUGGGAGGUGGGCCUCCACACAAACUCCUCUUCCUCAGCUCCACUCUGUGUUUCCAUCCACCAUGGCAGGGCCCUGAUGGACAUGGAGCUGCUGUUAUCAGUCCUGAUGUUCCUCCGCUUGUACUUGGUGCACAGAGCCAUCCUGCUGCACAGCAAAGUGCUGCUGAGCGCCUCCUACAGGAGCAUCGGCUCGCUCAACAACAUCAACUUCACCUUUCGCUUUGUACUCAAGAUACUGAUGAACAAAUACCCAGCGCGCACCCUGCUGGCCUUCAUCCUCUUCUUCUGGCUCACUGCUUCCUGGAUGCUUACUCUGUGUGAGAGGCAGACCCAGGUUGCCACAAACACAGGCCAAAUGGACACGGCAAUGUGGCUCAUAGCCAUCACCUUCCUCACAGUGGGUUAUGGGGAUGUGGCGCCCCACACCAGCUGUGGAAAGGCAGUGUGUCUCUUCACUGGAGUCAUGCUGAAAAAAGGAAAACAGGGUGUAGCAUGCACUGCCAUGCUGGUGGCAGUUGUUACCAAGACGCUGGCGUUGAACAAAGGAGAGAAACAUGUGCACUUCUUCAUGCUGGACUUCCAGAUCUCUAAAAGGAUCCGCCACGCAGCUGCUAACGUGCUGAGGGAAUGCUGGCUUCUGCACCGCGCAAACCUGACAAAGGGCAACCGUGGUGAGCACCGAAGACACCAGAGAUGCCUUCUGGAAGCCAUCAGAGUAUUUCGGCAUUUACGGCUGAAACGAAAAAAGCUGAGGGAUUACGUCAGCGAGAUGGUGGACCUCCCGAAGAUGCAGAUGAUCAUGUGCGACCUCAGUGCCAAUUGGAAUAACUCGUACCGGGAGCUGGAGCAGCGGAUCCUCUCCAUGGAGCAGAAGCUGGACGAGCUGAGUCGCUGCUUCCAGCAAACCUCAGAGAUGUUGUCUCAUGUCCUACGCCACCGCAACACAGAGAUCAGGUGACGUUUCAACAAACAAUUAUAUCGGAAGACAGUAUAUCGUCAUAUCAGUGUUUUCAUCUACAGUAUACAUGAAAGUGAGACAGUGACUCCUCUCCACCUGGAGCUGCUCCAGACUCUUAACUUACUGAACAACUUGGAAGACUACUUUCUAACCAUCUCAUCUUCUGGCCCUGAGCUGAGUGCACAGCACAAUGAGUCUGUACAAUUAUACAGAUUAAAAUAGGACUUCCAUUCACUGUGGGAGAAUCACAGUGCAUUUUUAUAAAUCUGUUGUUUUCAGCUGUUAUAUGUGUGACAGUGUACAAAGAACUGAGUUAAUCUCAAACAAGGACUGUGGAGAGCCUUCACAGAGCCUGUUCUCUUAACUGCUAUUUGUAAAGUUUCAAUGAUAGACUCCGUCACUGCCUUAUUCCUGUGGAAUAAGAUACUUUUUCUUUUUUGUUAAUUUUAUUCUAAGUUUCUUGCAAUGUUUUACAAUGUAAGCCUACUCAGUUUUGUAAAGAAAUCUCUGGCAGGUCCUCUUGUAUUAGCCGACAGUUUCAUGAUUAAAUAUUGUUUGCAGGUUAUUUUAAUAUCUCUUCCAAUCCGUAUUGUUCUGCUUUCUUCUAACCCCCUCAAAUGGUCUGUGAAUUAAAUGGUAUGCUCAAACAAGAGAAGAAACUUCAAUCAAGGAUUGUGGGAACUUUAUUUCAAUCUGAAAAUCAUUGGGCCUUAAACAGUAAAAUUCUUGCAUGAAUGUGUAUGUUUUGUGUUGUAAUCAUGAUGCAGGAAAAACAUGCUCUGAGAGUGAGUUGCCUUCAGUACCCCACCAGCUCCAUCUAGUGGAUAUUAUUACAGUAAAUAUGGAUAAUACUGAGAACAGUUGACAUGAAGAUUAUAUAACAACCAUAAAAAAGGUCAAAUGCUAUUUUCAACCUGAAUAACAAGGCCUGUACAAUGUCUCACACAUGUGAAUGAUCUGCAGUGAAAACAAAUCAAGAGGACUCAGAAACUCACUGGUAAAUGUGAAACUUCAUGAAAAAAAUUAAAAUAGCAAAACUGGAUGAACUCUCUCUCCAGAGUAUAAAUUGGAGUGUUUUCAUUUAACCCAAUACUGACAAAGUGCAUUGUGGGUUAAUUUGUACUGGUGAAUGGUCAAAAUAACUUGUAAAUUGUUUACUAUGUAUCAUUUGCACAUGGUGAAAACAUGUUAACAACCAUCCAGGACAUGCUUAUAAAUAAAAGCCAUUACAAAUGUA